UAUUCUCACAUCCGGGAUAUGAAACAUGAGCAAAGACGUGGAAUGUUGCAUUUUUUUCUCCUCUCUCAUGCGCCGUAAUGAUGGAGAAUACAGCACCACGAUUGGUGGAUGCAAGGGAGAAAUAUAAACCCACAGCAUAGCAUAGCAAUCCGCACGCGACCCCCAAAACGCACGUGAAUCGUCUCCACGCGGUCCUCAGAUGCGCGUCGCAUGCUUUCGGUAGAAUUAUAACAGAAAAAGCUCCCGAUAUACUCAAAAAGACACAUCCACACGAGGGGCUAAAAGUGCACAAUGGUCGCAGGAGAUCCGCGUCUCUCACACAAGCUUGGCGCAACGUCGUUUCAUUGACAGCUCGCCGACCAAUAGGAACGUCCGGCGGUCCGGCUGCGCUCAGACGAGGCCAAUGGCGACCGGCAGAAUCCGGGCCUAAACGUCAGUUAGGCUGUCGUCGCGGGCGGCCAGCGCUAAACUUCACCAAAUAAUAGCUGUUUGUAUUUUGGCUGCCGCAGUAGCCAUUUUAGGUAAGCACAUAUUUAAACUUUUUAUUUGCAACGCGUCUCGCGCAGAGCCGCAGGGAGCGGGCGUCGCGCGGACGCGUCAAAGUCUCGCAUCCCUUCAUGAAUGAACCGCUCUCGCGCGUUAGGAUUAAAGAAAUCGCGCUGAGUUUUUCCCCGACUCCCACCCCCUCUAAUUUUUUAUGCAUUUUUCUAAACUGUCAUGGCGUUUAGUGUCCUUGGAAAUAAACGCGAAGACGUGAACGCGUAGAUUUUCGCGCUAGCUGAUGUCCGGAGCCGGUGUGUCCAGUUCAAAUAGUUGCAUAGGUAGACUGACACCUGUCUCGUCUCAGAGAAUGGGACGCAGACACAAAGUUCAAGAAAAAAUGAAAAUACAAAAAAAGGACAAGCAGAUGUCUGCAGCCCACGUAUUAAAGCACACUCCAUCCGCUGCCGCCUCGCACGCCUCUGACCAAAACGCACAAACUACAUUUCCCAUCGGCCACUUUGGCAAAGAACAGUUACGAAUCAUCGGCGGGCCCCCCAAUCACUGCAUGGCUCAGCCAAAGCACUCUGGGUUAAGGCAGGUGGGGCCCGUGGACACCGACCAGAGUCUCCGCCCGACGCCCUCGCCAAUCAACAGCGAGGAGGACGAUGGAGGGGGCGGGUCCAGAGUGAAGAAGAAACGUAGGAAAAAAGAAAAGAAAGUGCUGGAGUGGCCGCAAGAUGGACAUGGCGACGUUAAACCAAAGAGAAAGGAGCAAAAAGAAGGGAAGGAGCUUCUUCCAAGAAAGUCGAAGGCGGCAAAGGAGCAAAAGAAUCACAAGAAGAGGGAGGUGAAAGUUCAAAAGGAGGUCAGAAAGGGCAAGAAAGGGCAAGAUGCGAAAGUGAAACCGCAGGCUAAGAACGCUGCAACACAUCCACCCUCAAAAAGAGGGAGGAAGCCAAAAGAGCAGGGUGUCAUGCCACCAGAGAAGAAGAAGAAGGGCAAGAGGAAAAGUGAUGCUCUGCUGGAGGUGGUGGAGAGCGACGACACAGCCUCCCUCAGCACGCUGGCCACUGGAGGCGAGGAAAGCAUUGACCCUAUGGACACUAAGAGGCGUUCAGGGCGUCAGGUGAAGCGUCGGAAGUAUAAUGAAGAUCUUGAUUUCAAGGUCGUGGAUGAUGAUGGGGAGACCAUCGCUGUUUUGGGCACGGGCCGAAUUCCUGCCCUGUCUUCUACCCUUGCCUGGCAGGCUGAGGAACCCCCUGAAGAUGAAGCCAACAUCAUUGAAAAGAUACUCGCAGUACGAACAGUCAACAAAGAGAUGUCUCCAGAUGAAGCACCCGAAAGCUUGGAAAAAUUUUAUGUGAAGUACAGAAAUUUCUCCUAUCUGCACUGUAAAUGGGCGACCUUGGAAGAGUUGGAGAAGGACCCACGCAUUCACCAAAAAAUCAAGCGUUAUAGAAACAAGCAGGCACAAAUGAAGCACAUUUUCACAGAGCCGGAUGAAGACAUCUUUAAUCCGGACUACAUCGAGGUUGAUCGAGUUUUAGAGAUCGCUAUCACUACAGACACAGAAACAGGAGAGGAAGUUACACACUACCUAGUGAAAUGGUGCUCUCUGCCAUAUGAGGAGAGCACUUGGGAGCUACAGGAAGAUGUUGAUCCCGUGAAAAUCAAAGAGUUUGAAGACCUCAAGAAAAUACCAGAAAUCAAACAUGUGGAAAGACCUCUACCAGAACAAUGGCAGAAACUGGAGAGAUCUCGAGACUACAUAAAUGGGAACGAGCUUAGAGAAUAUCAGUUAGAGGGAAUGAACUGGCUGCUCUUCAACUGGUACAACAGGAAAAACUGUAUCCUGGCUGACGAAAUGGGCCUGGGGAAGACCAUCCAGUCCAUCACGUUCCUAUAUGAGAUGUUCUUCAUGGGUUUGAGAGGACCAUUCCUCAUCAUCGCCCCUCUAUCUACCAUCACCAACUGGGAGAGAGAGUUUCGUACAUGGACAAUGAUGAACGUCAUUGUUUAUCACGGCAGUCAGAUCAGCCGCCAGAUGAUCCAUCAGUACGAGAUGUACCAUCGAGACGAUCAGGGAAAUCUAGUAACCGGGCAGUUUAAGUUUCAUGGGAUAAUCACUACAUUCGAAAUGAUCAUGGCAGACUGUCCAGAGCUGAAGAAGAUUAACUGGCGCUGUGUGGUGAUCGACGAGGCUCAUCGACUUAAAAACCGCAACUGUAAACUGCUGGAGGGUCUCAAGCUCAUGAACCUGGAACAUAAAGUUCUUCUCACAGGAACUCCUUUGCAGAACUCAGUUGAGGAACUUUUCAGUCUCCUCAACUUCCUCGAACCCUUACAGUUCCCGUCUGAGUCCACUUUCCUGGAGGAGUUUGGAGACCUGAAAACUGAGGAGCAGGUAAAGAAACUUCAGGCCAUUCUGAAGCCCAUGAUGUUGAGGAGACUAAAGGACGAUGUCGAGAAGAAUCUCGCCCCCAAAGAGGAGACGAUCAUCGAGGUCGAGCUCACGAACAUUCAGAAGAAAUACUACAGGGCCAUUCUGGAGAAAAACUUCACCUUUCUUGCCAAGGGAGCAAACCAGCACAACAUGCCCAACCUCAUUAACACAAUGAUGGAGCUUCGCAAGUGCUGUAAUCACCCGUACCUUAUCACAGGUGCCGAGGAGAAGAUACUCGAGAGUUUCAGGAAGACGUACAGUCCCGACGCCUUGGAUUUCCAGCUUCAGGCUAUGAUCCAGGCUGCUGGUAAACUAGUGCUCAUAGACAAGCUGCUGCCCAAACUUCUAGCUGGAGGACAUAAAGUGCUGGUGUUUUCACAGAUGGUCAGAUGUCUGGAUAUACUGGAAGACUACCUCAUCCAGAGGAGGUACACGUACGAGCGAAUCGAUGGAAGGGUUCGAGGGAAUCUACGGCAGGCCGCCAUCGAUCGCUUCAGUAAGGUGGACUCGGACCGUUUCGUGUUCCUCCUCUGCACACGAGCGGGAGGGCUGGGCAUCAACCUCACCGCCGCUGACACCUGCAUCAUAUUCGACUCGGACUGGAACCCGCAGAACGACUUGCAGGCUCAAGCUCGUUGCCACCGGAUCGGUCAAAGCAAAGCAGUGAAGGUGUAUCGCCUUAUCACGCGGAACUCAUAUGAGAGGGAAAUGUUCGACAAAGCCAGUCUCAAACUGGGAUUGGACAAGGCUGUUCUACAGGACAUAAACCGCAAGGGAAGUCUCAACGGGGUUCAACAACUUUCAAAGAUGGAGGUGGAAGAUCUCCUCAGGAAGGGAGCAUACGGAGCGCUCAUGGAUGAAGAAGACGAGGGCUCGAAAUUUUGUGAGGAGGACAUCGAUCAAAUCCUGCAAAGACGCACACGGACCAUAAAAAUCGAGUCUGAGGGGAAGGGAUCCACGUUUGCCAAGGCCAGCUUUGUUUCUUCAGGGAACCGUACGGACAUCUCUCUGGACGAUCCAAACUUCUGGCAGAAAUGGGCUAAAAUCGCUGAGCUGGAAAUCGACUCCAAAGCUGAAAAGGAGAGUUUGGUGAUCGACACGCCUCGCGUACGGAAGCAGACACGUCACUAUAAUUCGUUCGAGGAUGACGAGCUGAUGGAAUUCUCUGAACUCGACAGCGACUCUGAAGAACGCCCCUGUCGUUCGAGACGACUAAGUGACCGCAGCAGACGAUACCUCCGAGCAGAGUGCUUCAGAGUGGAGAAGAACCUGCUCAUUUUUGGGUGGGGUAGAUGGAAUGAAAUUCUCAAUCAUGGCCGAUUUAAAUGGCAUCUAACGGAGAGAGACAUGGAGAUCCUGUGCAGGGCUCUGCUGGUCUACUGUGUUCGACAUUAUAAAGGAGACGAUAAAAUCAAGAGCUUCAUCUGGGACCUGAUCACGCCCACUAAAGACGGACACAACCAAGCACUCCAAAACCACUCGGGCCUGUCAGCUCCUGUCCCACGGGGCCGUAAAGGCAAGAAGCUAAAAAACCAAUUGAGUCCACCUGAGCUGAAGAAUGCAGACUGGCUGGUCCACUGUAACCCUGAGGUGGUUCUUCAGGACGACAGCUACAAGAAGCACCUCAAGCAACAUUGCAACAAAGUUUUGCUGAGGGUGCGAAUGCUAUACUAUCUGAAGGUGGAAGUUCUGGGGGAAGCUGCGGCUCAAGCUCUGGAAGGAAUCCCAUCUAGUAAACUGGAGGUCACUCUGCCUGAUAUCGACUACAUUGAGAUCCCUACCAUAUGGUGGGACGCUGAGGCUGAUAAAUCACUGCUCGUUGGGGUACACAAACAUGGGUACGAGCGGUAUAAUGCCAUGCGUGCGGACCCUGCGCUGUGUUUCCUGGAGCGGGUGGGCAUGCCUGACGUCACGGCAUUGACAGUAGAACAAGGUGGAGCAGAAGUAGUUGCAGAUACUCCUGAUAGUAUCAGCAAGAAUGAUGAACUGAAGGAGGAGACAGAUUCUAAGUCUGAGGAGUUAGAAGAGAAGGGAGACAUCAAGGAGGAGCCCAUGUUAGAGGAGAUCGGGAAAAAUGACAGCACGGUGAUGGCAUCACUUCAAGGAGACCUCAUUGCAGAAAUGAUUGAGCAGGGACGGAUACAGUGGCCGGCAGGCUCGUCUCUUACAGCGAGAUUACGACGGCUCAUUACUGCCUAUCAACGAUACACACGGCGUGAGCCACUUCGUCCUGAUUUCCUCCUGCACGAGGGAAUUGCACCUGUGGCCUGGCAUAUUGGAGAUUUUAGGCACUGCACAACUGAGCCAGAUCCACUUUUUCUGGAAUGGCAACGGAGGUGGACACGUCGUGAGCAGGCGGACUUCUAUCGCACCGUGUCAUCGUUUGGGGUAGUUUUUGACCCUGAAAAGAAGACUUUUGACUGGAACCAGUUCCGUGCCCUUGCUCGUUUGGAGAGGAAAACGGAUGAAAGUUUGGAGAGAUAUUUCUACAGCUUUGUCUCGAUGUGUCGCACUGCUUGUAGACUUCCACCCAGAAAAGAUGAAUGUUCUGUUGACCCUACGCUCUUUGUGGAACCCAUUACAGAGGAGCGAGCUGCACGAACAUUAUACCGUAUCGAACUUUUGAGGAAGGUCCGUGAGCAAGUAUUACGCCACCCGCUUUUGGGGGCACGACUGCAGCUUUGUCGUCCUAGCCUUUAUUUGCCCGUUUGGUGGGAGUGUGGGAAACACGAUCGUGAUCUUCUCAUUGGUGUUGCUAAGCACGGCUUGAGCCGAACAGACUUUUACAUCUUAAAUGACCCUCAGCUAUCCUUUCUGGAGGCCCACCGAAACUACGUUCACAAAGAAAACCACAGAUAUCCUGCGCCGGGUUUGUCUCAUCUCCAUUGCUGCUUAUACGAUGUCAACCAUGGCCAUUGUCAGUCCCCACAACCUCCGGAGUACCACGCCGCAACCUCACACCACACACAAACCCAUCAACUCAUUCAUACUCCCGCCCAUCACCAGCCCACAGAAGUGGUGGCGUCAGAGACUGGAAGCAUCAACAUGGGUCCGGGAACAAGGGAAGUAUUUUUGGACUGUCCUCCGUUGGAUGACUCGCUAGAGUUGGGGUCUUUACAACAUGACAGCUUGACAUCAGAUCAGCUACAUAGUAAGUCCGGUAAAGAGGCCUUUAAUGGAUUCCCCUUCAAUUCUGCAACUGGUGGGCAGAAUAUGCUAAACUCAUACGGUGUUCAAGGAGAACUAAAUGGCGCUCAAGGAGAUAUAGCGGACACCAUAGCUGGGAAGCUUCGUAGCGACGUUUUGGUCGGUGAGCAAGGGUCCUCAGAGGAGACCGGCUUAAUGCCUCCUUCUGUGGAACUGGAUGAACUUCAGACUCCAUGGGAAAGCUCGGACCACGCCGAAACCUCCGACAUGUUCAACGAGACCGAUCCCAUUCUGGGAGCACCAGCAUUAGAAACAGGAUUUCUGGAUGCCGCUCAGCCAGAAGACGGUCGGGAAGGUGAUGAAGUUCUCACUGACUGUUUGAGCAUGCCUAGUUCAGACUCCCAGAGUAACCCUGUAGAGCCACUAGCACCAAGCUUCAUGUUGUUUAAAGAGCUUAAUGUAGGAGAGACUUCUGUGGAUCAGACGGAUCUGUCUGCAAGUCUUCCAGAAUACGUACCGCCGACACCUCUCGGACUCCCAGAGGUUAGUCUCGACCAGGCCGACCCCUUAAGUGAGGAGCAAGAGGAGAAGCUUAGUGAUUCCAACAUGACACAGAGCAUUCCCAGUCCUGGAGAUGGAGCGGAAAGCGUAGGGUUCCAUUUUGAGAAAGAAGAACUUUCCCUGGAUAGUGACAGUCUGGCGACAGCCGUUCCGAGGAUGAAGGACGCCGAUGAAAUCGACAAGAUGCCUUCAAUAGAGUCAUCACAAAAAAUGGACUGCAAGGUUUCCUUUGAGGAUUCUUGUGAAGCGCCCUUGGAAGAGUCGUAUGUAAAGGCGAUAACAGAGCCGGGAAAAGUACCUUUGCAGGAGUCGUACGAUCUGACCUGUGACGAGACCCUGCAGGAACCUUGUGAAGGGUAUCAGCAAGACUCAAUGGAGGGACAUUUGCUUGAAGAACCCUGUAAAGAAUCGCCAACAGAGGAAUGCAAUCUUACAAACAGUACUCUCUCAACGGAUUACCCAUUGGCCUCUUCACUCCCGUCAUCUCCAGCUAUCUUACCUGACACCUCGGUAUCUCCUGGCCUUGAGUCGGAUCCCAACAUCAAACAAGAGUUCCUCAUGGAUCCAGUGGUGUCAGAUGUAAAACCUGAGCCGGACAGCACUACACAGCUUGCUCAGACUGAAGUUCUGGAGGUGAAGGAUAAACUGAAGGAUGAAGAUACAAAGACACCAGCAUUAUUAGAUGUCGAAGCCCCACGUUUUUCAUUACCCAUGUGUGAGAUGGUCAACAGCGUCCAUGAAAUAAGGGAACCAACCAUUGCUCAGCUUCUACAGGAGAAAGCCCUCUUCUCCUUUUCUGAGUGGCCGAAGGACAGAGUUAUCAUCAACCGUAUUGACAGUGUCUGCCACACUAUAUUAAAGGGAAAGUGGCCUUCCUCCAGUCAGCAGUAUGAGUCUCCCAGCUCACUUGCUAACACUUGCAUCCCCAGCAGUACCCAUCAGAGGGGAGGAUUCCUGCCCACCAGAAUGUCUCAGAGCCUAAACUUUAAUCUUCCUCACACUGUUCAACAUUUACCCAAGGAGCGAUUGGUGGCUCCUGCUUUCCUCUCCGAACUGAAACGUCCCAGACACGGAUUCGAAUUCGAGGCAGAGGUUCUCGCCAAACCGAGCAAUCUUGCAGAAAAGAUGCAGAUUGGAUCUCAACGUGCUAACGCUCUUCUCCUUAACGGCUGGCAGGAUGCAGCCAUUGACCUCUCCAAGCAGCCAGAGCUAACGGUUGGUGGAGAAAGUGGGCCGAUCGGUCACAUGAGCCACACUGUCCAAUCAGCACCUCAUAAAAUAUCUGGGAUAGGCUCCAUACAAGGCUCGCUGGGAUUGGAUAUGGCGGGCAUUUUGCAGGCUGGCCUGAUUCACCCGGUUACAGGGCAGAUCGUCAACGGCAGCCUUCGCCGCGAUGACGCCAUGUUUAGGAGGAGGAGAGGACGGAGAAGAAACGUGGAGCCCACUGACUUGAACUUCUUGAAGAGCCGAGUCGUGAACUUAGCAGAACAACAGAGCGGAACAGAGAAUAUCAGCCAUCCUGUUGUGUCGUCUACAUCCUCCCAGUCAGAAUGUCCCUCAGCCUCUCCUGCUACAAUUCCUGCCCCACCAUCAGCACCCCCCUCAACUGCUCCUCCAGCAGAGGCCCUGAACGUCACCGUGGAAAGGGAAGCCGCCAACAAAGGCCUCAUGGAAUGGCUCAGACAGAAUCCCAGCUACAACAUGGAGCUUCCCACUUUCCCAUCGUCACAGAGCGCAAGCAUGCUGCAUAGCUUCUUGGAUCGUCCAAAGCAGAGAAGGCAUCGCUGCAAAGACCCAACCAAACUAGAUAUCAACUCCCUAACCGGAGAGGAGAGGGUCCCUGUGGUGCACAGAAGCACAGGCCGCAGGCUUGGGGGUGCUAUGGCUCCAGCCAUAAAGGAGCUUUCUAGAUGGCUGGAUGCAAACUCUGAGUAUUGUGUGGCACCUGAUUGGGCGGAUGUGGUAAAGCACUCUGGCUUUCUCCCUGAAGGAAAAUUCACUCGCAUCCUCUCUGGGCCCGUAUGCCGGGAACCAGGUCCACGAAGAAGAGGCAGGCGUCCUCGCUGCGAGAUGCCCAAAGCUCCAGAGCUCCCUGCUGGAAUGGCUCCGCUCUUCAUGAACGGUGGUCUCAUUGGAAGCAUGGACCUGGUUAGCUUAACCAAUCUACGCAAUGUCCCGGGCAUCCCAUUAACGGGGAUCAUGGGCUUUCCUCACGGUUUUGCUACCACUGUAGCGUCAGGAGACGAUGGCAAGAAUGGUCUCGGCAUGCUACCCAUGAUGCUCCAUGGCAUGACUGCCGUGCAACCGCCCAUGUAUAGCGCACACGUGGGUGGGAUGAUGACACAGCCGCUGUCCACGGCAACCUCAACGGUUUCCACAGCUACCGCAUCAUCUGCCUCUGCAAGCGGGACUUCUACGAACUCCACCACAGUUACCUCAACCUCCAGCUCAGCGGAUAGUUCGGACACCACGGCGCAGACGGACAAAGCAGGCUCUCCGAUGAGCACGGAGAAAAGGAAUAAGGAGGAGACCAAGCAAGGCGGGGAAGAGAGGAAAAUAACGCCCGGUACGGUCUCUACAGGUGCAGCCACCAGCAGUUCUAGUAGUAUCACAAGCAGCGGCAGCCAUUUGACCUUUAACCCCUUCCUUAUCCCGGGAAUGUCCCAUAGCUUGCUCUAUCCGCACAUGUUCUUGCCACCCGGCAGUAUAAUGGCGCUGCCCGCUAUGCCCGCCGCAGACAGCACGGGCAGCCCCAAGAGAAAGAGGAAGAGAGUGGUUGAAGUAAGUGGGAAUGUUGUCGUUCAGGUCGAUGGCUUGGAAGUCAAGGGGCUUAAAGUCGAGCAGACAACAGAACGAAAGAAUCAAGAGUGCGAGAUGGAAGACGAUAGGCCUGAUGUAGAUUUAGCUCAGGUCAAUGAUCCUUCUGACCCUAAAAAUGAUCCUUCUGAGGAGAAAAGUACUAAAAAAGAGAUGGCGGAAAAGGGAGAGAUCGCUGGGGAGGCCUGCGGUUCACGUGACGGUGAAGACUAGAAUCCACCUCACAGUACUUUUGUGUCGUGUCAGUAAAGGUUUGUGUAUAGAAAUUUGAUUAUCAACAUGUUGUUUAUAGAUCUGCCCAGUCAUACUUGUAAUAUCACUGACAUCCACUAUACCUUUGGGUGUAUGCAAAAAAAAUAGACAUUUCAAGCAUGAAAGCCCUCAAAGGUCUUGAUCUUACAAAGGGACGACAUCAUCUUGGUGUUUCAGUGUUCCUUUUGCAUCAUGGUAAUGGAUACUCGAAAAUGUCUCUGUUUAUGGAGAAAGCACCUGGAGAUGCCCCCGUUUUUCCUUUCCAGUCAGGUGUUAUCGCUAAUAUAUUUUCCAGAUCUUCAGAAAGCCUUUAAAUGCUAUUAUUAUAAAAAAAGAGCCCACUGUCAUGUAGAAUCGGUGUUUGAAAUAUCACAGACGAGGCACGCACGCAAGAUUCGUUUCUCAAAAUAAUGUAAAGCAUAGGCACAUCUCAUAGAUCAAUCUACAUCUGAUAUGUUUCCGGCGGACCACAGUAUUUUGUUUUUAGUUGCUUGCUGCUACAUAAUCAUUAUAGUGAAUCAAAGCGUAAGAUUUUAUCCAGAAUCUUAACAAAGCUAUAGAUGGUGUGAGUGCAAUGGAAACUCCAAAAGCAAGGCUUGAAAUUUAUAGCAAAGAACAAUCCUGAGAUUGAUUUAUUUUGUUUCGUUUUUUCUUUUUUUUGUUCCACAGUGUCACUUUGAUAAUAUGCCCACGUUGGGAUUUGUCUAACCGUUGUUGAGUUUAGGGUGCUGAACGCACAAGGGCAGUGCUGUACAUGAGGGUGUAAAGGCAGACGGAAAAGCAAGUAAAUGAAAAUAACUUUACCCCCCCCAAAAUAUAUGGAGUUCUUCUUUAAUCUGUAAAGACCCGCGUGGGUUGAUGGGGUCGACAGAAAGAUCUCCGUUAUGAGUAUCAUUGGUCUCUGUGCAUUUGAAAAUACCUUAGAGUAAAACCAACCAGAACUUUUGCAAACAUGUAAAUCUAUCUUGCUGUAUAUUGCUGUUACUUUUGUUUACAAGCACACAAUGUUUUUUUUUCCUCGCCAGUAUGCCGCAUUUUGGGGGAAACUGUAAAAAAAAGUUUAGCACUAUUGCUUCUUUUAUUUGAAAUCUUUUACACUAGUUGAUAACCAGAGGUAAACCUUUUUCUCCCCCAAACUCUACAGGGUCUCUAUUAUGUGGGAGUAUUAAUUUUCCAACUUCUCAUACACAUCACUUUUUUUUUCAGUUUCCUGAUGUGAAAACAUUUUUGCACAGUCCUUUCGGUGAAUGUUUACCUGUAAUUGUGUUCCGUCAGUUUGUUUUUCGUGUUUGUGUGGACGCAUGCGCACGCUUGCACACGUCACUUCCUGUACAUUUUGAUCUGUGUAAACCUGUACUGUAUAUUUCUCGUCUGAAAAUCAUGGUCACCCUUGAAACAACAUGCUGUCGUUGCCUUGUCACUCCACGUGACGCCAUGUAAUUUAUUUUGCUCUUUUUACUCUUUGCCAAAUUCACCAAAUACUACAAUUUUUUUCAUUUCUCACAUCUUUUUUAUUGUGUUACAUCUGCAAAGCCUUAUUUAGCAUUUAUAUAUGGAUGUUUGUUACAUCUUUAUGUUGGAAAAUAUGUAUCUUGUGUAAAGUGUCAGCGUUUUGGGAAGCAGUCUCGGUCAUGCUAGUUUCAAUGCGAACGCUCUGGUUGUGAAGGCCAUUGGCCUCUGGGAAGUGACAUCUGGUGCAGUUCUUUUAAAACUUCAAAUAGAUGUAGGGUGGUACAUGUGAAAUUGCAAGGUCGGUUUCUCUUCUGUGGUUUUUGUGAAUCAUGCCGACUUAUUCAAAACAGCAUUGGAAAGCACAAAGUCUGUUGCAUUUCUAAAGGUUAAAAAUGGAUCUUUCUGGAUAGUCUCCACAUUGCAUUUUCAACAACAUCUAGUAAACAAAAUCCUGCAGACCUUAGAUUUGUAAACGAUAACAUAUCCCUCGCUUAUGAUGUUUAAAUAAGCUCAUAACUCUAUUAAAACCAUUCGGCAGAUGCACAGCCAGCACAUGUACAGCUAGAGAGGUCAGACUGUUGCUGAGAAUGCUACUUUUCUGGUUGUAAGUGUAUUAAUUUUAUAAGAUGUUCUGUCUGUUGGUAAUGUAUAGUUUGAAAAUGCAACAAUCUUGUUGGGAAAUCAAAAAACACUCCACCUUAUUGAAUUGACCUGGUUUUCAAAACAAACAAAAAUGGUGCAGUAUUUAGGCUCAUUUGAUAUUAAAAUAAUAUUUAUUAAAUUUCUGUAUUAAAACACUCCAAAUAACCUUCUUUUCCCCAGAUACAAAUAUUUGGUCAUUUAUAAAUGUUUUAAUAUUCCCUGUAUUUAUUGUGUUUUCCCGUCUUAAUGUCGUCUCCCUGUGUAUUGCAACAUGUACAUAAAUUUGCUGUCUCCAGGUUUUGGAUGUUUUCCUACUAUGGAAUGUCUACACUGAUACAUUGUUACAUUUCAUGCAAUCUGAAAUGUUUCGAAAACAGAAACAUGGACUGUAUCUGUGUGUAUAAAUAUCUGGGCACAGUUUGGCACUUGUGUAUGUCUCUGGAUAAUUGCUCCAAAAACACUUAGUAUGAGUACCAAGUACUUUACUGUCCCACCAUUUAUGGAUUUUUUUAAAAGGUAUUCAUUGUUGCAGCUUUAAACAGCAAAUUUCUGUAACAGAAACAAGAGAAUUGGACAUUUUGGUACCAUAUACCAGUGUUAUAAUGGCCGGGAUAAGACCCAACAUUCAGUGCUUUCAAUAUGCACGCAGUAGGAGACCAAACUGAUUUUGCUUUGCCACUAUGUCUGUGUUUGCAUGCCUGGACCUGCUAUAAUACGUUCCAAUCACAGCAUCCAAAGCAGUUCUCACACUUAAAAAAGUCAUGCGAGGAAGGCUACGAUGGCGUGUUUCUUAUACCAGAGCUGCAAAGCCAGACCAAUAAAAAUUGGGUCCAUACUUUUCAAGACAUGUUAGAGCAUCACACUAUGUAGCUUGUUUGUAUUGAGCCUGUUGGGAAGUUCCGUUACCUUAGCACCUGUUAAAUCAAGUUGAAUGAAUUUGACAAAACUAAUAACGUUCAGUGUUCAGGACAGGAAAGCACUGUAAGUUCAUAGUUACAUCCAAGUGCACUAUAUAUUUGGGAUGAUUCCGAGAUACAAGACGUAAACAGUGAACUUAUACUCUUGGUAUGAAAUCAGCAGAAAUGCUGAGUGUUUUAUUUUAUUUGUAUUUUAUUUUGGGGAUAUCUUUUUUUAUUCAUUUCCAAUUGCUCCUGUACACCAAUGUGGACCAACAAUAUAUUUCAAACCAUGGUAUGUGAUCUUUUAUUGUGCAAUAAAAGAUGACUUUCAACUUUCAAGUCAA